AUGAGCGCGUUUGUCAAGUGCAAAAUCAAUCGUGAGAGAGCCGGUGAGAAAAAAAAAAAAAGGACGAUCUUCACGUCUUACCAACUGGAAGAGCUGGAGAAGGCCUUCAAGGAAGCCCACUAUCCCGACGUAUACGCAAGGGAAAUGCUAUCGUUAAAGACAGACCUCCCGGAAGAUAGGAUACAGGAGGAAUGGGGAUUUAGCCGGUAG